AUGCUAGGGGUCCUUCUGAUCAUCUGGAUUAUCCCGGUAAAUACGGCCGACCUACAAAAGAUAUGGUUCGGCCGGUGGGCGAUCUUCGAAGGCCGGGAGCGGAACGGGGUCUACAACUACAAAGCUCUCCUCUGCGCGCUGAUUCUCGUCGAGCUCCCGUGGCAUUUUCUACUUUAUACGCUAGUCUUCGUCUGCAGCUUCUGGACGAUCGGGUUCGCGAGCAGCCCUGCGAUCGCCGGCUUCAGCUACUUUAUAUUUCUCCUGCUGUCCGUCUUCGGCACGGGGUUCUACUAUCUAAUAGCAACCUUCUUCUUCACGCCGACUAUAGCGGGCUACGCGAACUUCCUCUUCUAA